AGUUACCCGGCCGGGGGCCCGCGACCCGCGGUGUGAGCGUGGCAGAAUCCAUGAUUCACCUGUCAUUUACUACGUCCUUCAUAGUAAUGCUAAAGGACAAAGAGGAAUGGAUAAAAAUAUUGGUGAGCAACUCAAUAAAGCAUAUGAAGCCUUUCGUCAGGCAUGCAUGGAUAGAGAUACUGCAGUGAAAGAAUUACAGCAAAAGCAGACUGAGAACUAUGAGCAGAGAAUACGUGAGCAACAGGAACAGCUGUCACUUCAACAAACUAUUAUUGACAAGCUAAAAUCACAGUUACUGCUUAUGAAUUCCAGUCGAGACAGCAGUUAUGCCUGUGUUCCUCCACUUGAUGAUGGUGAAACCAGGGAAAAUAAUCUGACUCUUGACCAGCCACAUGACCAAGUCAGAAGACAAGAUGUUUCUUCCCCUAGAAAAGAAACUUCAUCAAGGAGUCCUGGCAGUCCUUUAGCCCAUGAAAGGGAUAAUUUAGAGAAGACUUUUUGGGCUCUGAAAGAAGAAUUUCAUAGAAUAUGUAUGCUAGCAAAAGCACAAAAGGACCACUUAAGCAAACUUAAUAUACCAGACAUUGCAAUUGAAACACAGUGCUCUGUACCUAUACAAUGUACAGAUAAAACAGAUAAACAAGAAGCGCUGUUUAAGCCUCAGGCUAAAGAUGAUAUAAAUAGAGGUUCAUCGUGUAUUACAUCUGUCGCACCAAGAGGACUAGGUCGAGACGAGGAAGACACCUCUUUUGAAUCACUUUCCAAAUUCAAUGUCAAGUUUCCACCUAUGGACAGUGACUCAACUUUCUUACAUAGCGCCACAGAGAAACCCAGUGUCCUUGCCCCUGCCACAUCUGAGGCAGUGUGCCCAAACAAAUUUAAUAUGGAGCUCAGAGACAACCGAGGAAACAUCGUUAAAACAGAAGAAACUUUAUUUGAAAUUCAGGGACUUGAUCCCAUAGCUUCAGCUAUACAAAACCUUAAAACAACUGACAAGCCAAGACCCUCAAAUCAUAUAAACAAUUGCAUGAGGACAACUCUGGAUAGAGCUUUGUGUUUGCCACCUGGAGACCAUAAUGCAUUAUAUGUAAAUACAUUCCCACGUCAGGACCCAUCUGGUGCACCUUUUCCCUCACUGGAUUCCCCAGGAAAAGCUAUCCGAGGACCACAGCGGCCUCUUUGGAGCCCCUUUCCUAAUCAAGAUAGUGACUUACUGGCACAAAGCGACUCCGACUCAGAGCUGCAAGUACCUCGAGUGUGUGAAUUCUGUCAAGCAGUUUUCCCACCGUCCAUUAUGUCCAGGGGGGAUUUCCUCCGGCACCUUAAUUCACACUUCAAUGGGGAGACGUAAGGCAUCCUGAAGAACACAGAUCUCAAGUGCUGUGGCAUGAUUUGGUAUUUGUAAUACUAUAAACACUUGAUUGGAAUCUAACUUGAAGAUCAUUUAUAGAAAGUAGUAUUGUUAUUUAAAUUUUUCUAGACCUAUUUUAUAACUUUUAUUACCCUUUAAAGAUCAUUUUGUAAAAAAAGGUAAUACGAUAUAGUCUUGUUUACAAUAUCAUAAUUCAAAAUUAUGUAUAUGACUUACAGAGUUGUAUAAUCAUGUUUGCUUCAAGUAUCUAAGCUUAUUUCUUGGAUUUCUAAUGAGACCUAAUUUGAUGAUGACAAAUGUUUAUAGGGUUUCUGUUUUCAUUCAAAAAUUAGAUUAUGCAAUCAGUAAUGUUCUAUAUGAAUAAAUGUACAACAGAAAAUAGAUCAACAAAUAUGUAAGUACCAAUUUGAAGAUAUUUGUUGUUCAGUGAUAACUAUUUAAAUACUCCUGGAUUUUUAAUAAUAUAUAUGGUUUCAAUUUUUACUAUAUACCUACAUGAUGAAAUGAAUUAAAUGUUAACUCCUAAUGUGA